AUGCGUUACGAAAACUGGGACGUGCUCCUCUUCCCGGAGACGUGCAAGACCCCCAUGCAAGAGUUCAAAACCCAGUGCUUCGUUACCAAAGACAGAGGUUGGCUGGCCCCUGCUGCCCUGAUUCUUGCAUUCUUCCAAUCAUUCAGACUAACACCACGAGCAUACAUAGAAUCUCCCUAUCUCCACACCCCCAGCAUUGUCACCCCAUCGUCUUACUACGCCGCCCAGGGAAAUUUCGGCCAGCUGCCCAUCCUGACAACAUUUAUCCCGAGUCUUCCGCCUGACGCCCCGUUCCGAGUCUCGAUUCAUUCAUGGGAGAAACCACGACCCAGUCGGUUUAUCGAAUCUCUCAUGCAGCCGGAUGAUCUGUUGCUCUUUGAAGCGAGAGUCUUUGUGGAUGGGCUUUGCACCGCGGGAAGCAUUUUCGGCCAGCGGACUGCUUGGCCCCAUGUUAUUGACCUCAGCUCGCGCAUCGAUCGAAAUGGCAACCAAGACUUCCUACGAUUCCCGCCGUUCCACCCUGACAUACUCGAACAGCGUGGUUGGAAUGCCGAGGACAUGCAGGGCAGGAUCAGAGUGGUCAUUUCUGAAGGUUUCGCUCGUCCGCAUCGCGACCCUCCCUUCGAGCGGGUGAAGGAUGCUAUUGCGCUCUCGUUUCAGCAUGCGCCGAUUGAUGUGCUGGAAUACUCCAACAUUGCCUGGCCAAAUUCGUCGAUGUGGACUCCGGCACCACGGAAUGCCUUCAAGUACAGCUCGGCCAGUGGAUACAGCGAGUUUGAACCAGAGGAUGCUCAUACUCAUUCGCCAAGCAAGCAGGGUCAAAUCAUGGCCACGACGAACAGCCACUCCAGCGGCCAAAUUGGUGGCCAAAUGAGGGUCUACAACGCCUGGGCCCCUGGUCGGGACUUUCCCAUGUCCAUGACGCAGUGGCCGUAUCAGCGAGACCCGCGAUGGGGGGGAUACCACGAGCCGCCGCACCCGGGACCGGCGAUUGCGAUUGAUCCCUAUAUCUCUGAAGUUACCUGGCGCCAACGAGGCGCCCGUUCCUCUCGCGAAGACGUUCCCAUGCCCGACUACACCGGAUCAAACUCGUCUGGCAGCCGUGCGAUCUCCAGCAUGACUGGCAUCAGCUACGAACACAGCAAGCAGCCCAGCAUCAUUGCUCUGAUGGAUGACGAUCAGUAUCACCAGCUGAUCCAGACGCUCAGCCCUAACAGGACACUCCCCGAUGGUCAUGUUACGUCGACUUCCUCGUCCGCAAUCGUACCAAUGGGCACGAAACUCUCGGCCGCAGCUGACGCCCGCACUGCAAGCUAUGCUCGGACCAGUACUGCUACCCGUUCGGCUCUGCGUGAGGUCUCGCAGCCCAGCACCCGGGAAGUCUCUGGGUCGAGCAUGAAAUCGAAUGCCCCGGCCGAUCCCACGCUGGAAACAACCACGCCUUCCAAACCGCAUGUCAGUCCAAGCGGCAAUGUCAAGAGCCGGAAGGAGGGACCUGAUAACAAGGAGAAUGGAGAUGAUAACCAAACGCCUCGCCGAACUUCUGGAAAGAAGUGCACGCCGCCUUCGACGAGCAAGCGUCGCACGAGUGGAAGUGUUGAGAAGUCGAGCGAGAAGGCGCGGAAGUCUGCUGCCACCGCUGCCGCGGCUGCUGCUGCUCUUGUCGAUGCCACUCCCACCAAGCCGCGUGUCACCAGUGACAACAGCAUCAAGAGCAUGUCGGGGGCAUUUGAUGACCUCGAGACUGUCAGUGAGAAGAGCUCUGUCCUCACAGAGAUUGACUGA